AGCGUCGCGGCGUGAUGACGUCACCUGUGCAACCAACAUGGCGAAGAAGCAACGUGGGAAGCCGUCUCCGGCCGCGAAGACGACGGAUUCGGCCAAACAGACGGAUAGUUUCAGCUUGGUGCUCGCAUCCAGCGACGACGAGGCGCCAGAGGAGGUGACCUUCGAAGACUCGAAGGCGGAAGCUCUCCGGAGCGUGAGACAGGCGCUGGACGCGGCCAAAAGAGAAAAAGAGCUGCUGAAGGAGAAGAGAAGGAAGAGACAGGAACUGUUCCAGGAGCAGAAGAAAAGAAAACUCUUACCGGCUGACGUGUUGGAGGAAAUCGGCUCUGCUCUUUCAAAGAAGCAGAAACAGCCUGCGGGUGAAGCAGCUGAAGAGGAGGAGCCGGAGGAGGAGGGUGAAGAGGACGAGGGGAGGAAGAAGAAGAAAAGGAAGAGGAGCGGGAAACUGACACACGCCAGAAAUCUGAAGGGAAACUACACCGUGACGACGGGGAAGGAGAGCACGUUGGCGUCCUCCCAGCAGCAGGCGGCCGAGGAUUUCCUCCAGUCCAGACUGUACGGACCAGGAAGCUGCAGGACUACCACUAACGAGAUGCUCUCCCUCGAGAACAAGAAGGGGAAAAACAAAAGUGCAGCAGUGCAGUUUGUCAAGAAGGACUGGGCCUGUCAGGAAAAAGCCAAAGCAGAGAAGCUGAAGAAGAGGUGGAUCCACAAGCAGCAGAUUCCCUCCUGCUGAGCCGGUCGGAGCGACUGGACGUCUUUAACAAACCUCGACCCGGUCCAGUGGACUCCCUCUGCACGCAGAAUUUAAACGGACUCAAUCACAGAUGAACCGCCAGAUACGGCGAGGAAGACGUGAUGCUAGCUCUGGACCCGGACUCGCUAUCAUAUUGACUAAAAGGACACGACAGCAGCUCUGGCUCAUUAGAGACGCUGACAUAAAAAACUUUGUUGUGAUCCGUGACGUUUCCACACAUGUUAAGGGGGAUUUUUUAAAAUCUGUAACCUUAAACUCAAGUUAUUUGUUUAGAUUUAUGAAAGAUGCUCUUUUUGUUUAAUAAAAGCUUGUUAUACAUUCAUCUUUAUUUUUUCAAGACUCUGAAAAAGCAGCUUGUGAGUCAAACUAAGUUUCUGUUCUGUUAAUAUUAGAUUUUGAUCAUUUUUGUUUUUCCAGCAAGAAUGCCAAACAUUUGCUGUGAAGAUUUGCUGUUUUUUUUUCUGUCAUGAAUCAGUGAAAACUUUCUGGGGUUUUUGGUCUGAAGCAUCUUAAAGACAUUACUUUGGGAUCUUGUUAGUUAAAAGUUGCGUUUGUUACUAUUUUCUGACAUUUACAAGAAAAUAAUCAUGAGUUGAGGCACUAAUUGAGCCAGUCUCUUUGCUUCCGUCCUCCAUUGUACCUGUUGGAAAGAUCUGGAUGUGAUUAUCUUUAUAAUAAUAAUUAUGCCUUUAUUAGUCCCACAAUGGGGAAAUUCAGUUCUCUGCAUUUGACCCAUCCUGGAGGAGCAGUGGGCUGCAAUGAAGCGCCCGGGGAGCAAUUUUGGGGUUAGGUGUCUCGCUCAAGGACACCACCUGUUGCCGGUAGAGGGGUUCGAACCACCAACCUUGUGGUUGCGGGUCAAGCGCUCUACCUCAUGUGCCACAGCCGCCCCAUUAGUACUGAAUAGAAAGUCAAAAGAUAUUUUACUCAACUGAAAUAAAAAAUAAUAAAGGCUAGAGGAGGCAUAACUGCUUUCCCAAUAAACAAAAAAACAUUUUAUUUUUAGAUGCUCUGCCUGUUAGAUUUUUCAUGGGACCCCUCUGAGGUGUCACAGACCAAAAAUUGGACCAAAAACACCGCUGUUAUCUCUAAAAUCAUUUCUGUGUUUAAUAUCUAGGGUUUUUUGAUCCAAGACAAAAUAAGUGGGCCCUGACUGAUUUAUCAUAUUUAUAUUGGCUUACAUGUGGUAGCUGCUUAUUAACAAAAUAAUGAAAUACUUGAUUGCGUUAUUUAAGAACGGUCACAAUCAAGUUUGUCAAUCAGAGGACACGGAUACUUUUAACUGUAAAAUGUCCGGCUUAGUGCAAAUCUGAACUUUGAUUAUGAAUUUAUUUCUUAGACCAAAUUAACAGGGGUUUUUUUGGGACACAAAAAUUCAAAAAGCCCAAAAAUCUAGUAUUACUUAGGCUUUCAUGCCACUUUGAGACAUGAAAACUUGUGAUUUUCAACAUUUUCUCUCAUUCUAGACAGAUAAAUGAAUAAUAAAAAUAAUAGUUGGUUGCCCAUUAUUAAAAAGGGAACAAGAAACUUCAUCAACGUGGUUUAAAGGUGGAAUCUUUUUCGGGCUUCGUAUGUGUGAUAGUGUGUACUUUACAGGAUUCUCUUCAGACACAUUUUUAGGAUUAAGCGACAGACUUCUUCAUGCAGCAUCCAGACAAAUGCCAUCAUCAUUUUAUCAUGUUUUUAAUAUAAAUCUUUUUCACCCUCACACAAAUAGCACUUUUUUUUUUUUCUUUCUUCUUCUCCAAAUGGACACACACACAGUCAGCAGUGGACAACUUACUGGUUGACAUCUUUCCUUAAAAACACCGUGAACUGGCUAAAAGAAGGAGAAACAAAAAGAAGAAGAGACAUCUAACUUGAUCUUACCACCACUUUACUAUGGCAUGCAUAGGUUUCAGACCGUACUCAGAAAAAGAGACAACAGACACUUUGUCUAAGAAGUUUUUCUAAACGAUGCCGUGACUGCUUGCGACCCGGAAAAUAAAAGAAAGAGGAACAAACCAAAAAAGGUACAGAAAAGCUCGGUUCCACCGUUUUCAAAUGUCAACUACGGACCUCCUGGGAAAGAAAUAUUCGAUAAACUAGAGGAAAAGAUGGAUGUCGUGUCUCGUGAAAAAGCCUCGGCCUUCCUGUUUGUUUGCUUGCAAGUGGCGAGCACGAAUCACAGACUUCAAACACAGCUGCCACGUCGUCUCCGUAAACUAUUUGGUUCUUUAUGUUGUUAACAGUGCGGUUGACAAUACAGAAUAUCUUUUUUUUUUUUCAAACAGUUUUUCUUGUUUUGUUUUCCUCCGUCGGUGAGAACAGAGAAGGACCCGGUAUCAAAACGGACGCCUAGUGCUUCAGAGGGAUUAUGGGUAUUUGGAGACUUGAGGUCUUUUCAUACAUUAAUGCUUUUUUUUUUUUUUUU